AUGUUCAGGAAGUAGGAUUUCAAAAAAUUAGAAUUAUUAGGUUCAGGUAAGAAACAUACCAAAAUAUAUCGGGUGUAGCACAUAUAAACAAAUAAGAUAUAUGCAUUAAAAGAGAUUGAAGCAACUAAUUUAGAGAAAUUGAAUGAAUACAAAGAAGAAGCAGUUUAAUUAAGCAAAGUUUAAAAUUGUGGAAAUGUAAUUCGAUUUUAUGGAUACUACUUUGCAGAAACUCUUUACAAUACUUUUAGAUUAGGAAUAAUAACAGAGUAUUAAUAUUAUUUAUUAAAAUAGAUAUAUGGAUCACAACACUAAUUUGGAAAACCUUUACAGAAAAAGAAAGAAACCAAAUUAGUUUUGGAAAGAAAAUGAAUUGUUAACUAUGUUGUUUAGCAUAAUAUCAACAUGUUCUUAUUUACAAUAAAAAGGAAUAUGUCAUAGAGAUAUAAAGCCAGCUAACUUAUUUAUGAUAACAAAUGGUGAAUUAAAAUUAAUAGAUUUUGGUGAAAGCAAGGAUUAUUUUUUUGAUUUAGAUAAUGAAGCUAAAAAUACUUAUACAAUGGCAACAAUUAGAGGUACACCUUAAUAUUUAUCACCAAUAUUAUGGAAGGCUCAUGUUAUUGAUGGAAAUAGUAGAUACGUUGAACAUAAUAUAUACAAAUCAGAUGUGUUUUCAACUGGUUUAGUCAUGUAUUAAAUGAGUGCAAUGUAAGAAGUAACAGGAUUUAAUAAUACAUAAUCAAAUGAAGGAGAAUAAUUAAUUAUAUAGAGUUUAGCUUAAUUAGAAUAAAAGUAUAGUUCUGCUUAUGUGUCAAUAAUAAAGUUAAUGUUAAUUUUUGAAGAGGCAUAGAGACCUUCAUAUGUUGAAAUAGAACAAUUAUUUAUAGAACAUGAAGAGAAAUAUCAUUCAGGUAAGAUGUCUGACAAUGUUGCAACAAAUGAAUAUAUAUUAUUAUACAAUUAGCAUUAUAAUACAAUGUUAAAGAGAGGUCCUCCUUAUAGAACAUAAUAAGAAGCUGAAGUUUAAUUUAAAAAUGUUAUUACUUAACAUAUGAAAAAUGCAGGAUCAUCAUAAGUAAUUGAACAAUCUUAAAAGACAAAAUAACCAUUAAGAGAAUAACCAUCAUCUUAGAAAUAGCAAUAAAUAUCUUAAUAACAGACAUAAUCUUAAUAAGUAUAAAUCAUCAAGUAACCAGUUAUAUCAUAAUCUGCUUUUUAUAAAGAUUCUACUUUAAUUUUGAAUGAUUCUUGUUUAUGGUUUGAAUUUGGUGGCAAAACUAUAAGUAAAUUCUCAAUAUCAAAAUAAAAAUGGAGAUAAAUUGCUAAAUUAGAUGUAGAAUUAGAUAGAUAAUUUACAACUCUUUUUGUUCCUGAUAAAAAAGCUUUUUAUUUAAUUGGAGGAUUUUAAGAAUCCAAUUUUAGAGUUUAUUAAAAUGAUAGAUUAGAUUUAAUGAAACAUUAAAUUCCUAUGAAUAGAUUUUUCUGUUCUUGUCUUUAUUAUAAUCAAAAAAUUUAUUGUAUUGGAGGAUAUGAUGAAUAACAUAAAAUUUAAUUAUCAUCAGUUCUUUAUUAUGAUCUUAUUUCUGAGAAAUGGGUUUAAUUAGCAGAAUUAAAAUAACCAAAAAGUUAAGCUGCAUCUUGUAGAAUUAAUGAUAAUGAAAUAAUAUUAUUUGGUGGUUAUAAUAAAGAAGAAGGAACUUUAGAUACUAUAGAGAGAUAUUUAAUAAAUGAAAAUAGAUGGGAAAAAUGUAAUUUAAAACUACCUUUACCAUUAAGAAGAUUUAUGGCUGUAAGAGUUAAAAAGAAUUUAGCUUUAUUAAUUGGUGGUUUAACUAUGUAUGCUAAAGAAAGUUAAAAAGUAUUAAAAGUAGAUUGGGAAAAAAAAGAAAUUAUAGAGUGUGAACCUUUAGAAAAAGGUAUUAAUAAUUAUCUAAUUGUUUAGGUGGAAUUGUUGAAAGUGAAGUACUACUUGAUACUGAAGGGAAUUUACAUAUAUUUCUAGAAAAUGCAAAUGGUACAUCACCACAUGCUCAUAUCAAAUAUUAUUUUGAUCCAAAUGCAACCAAGUAUGAGACUAAAGCUGAUUGA